AUGUUGAGUACAUGCUUGGAAAAAAAAAUUAAUAUUUUUGAUCCUUUUGCCGUUUCCCAAGAAGUGUCCAACGAAGUUGAGAAUGAAGUACUAGUAUUUCAUUUUGAUAAAUUUACGGCAUAUUUUUGUGAUUUUGAUCCUCAUUUUGCCAUGAAUGUAUUGUCGAAAAUUGAAGGUGUUCUACUCAUAGAAAAACCAAAAAUUGCUUCACUGGACAGGAGUAUAAUUGAUUUACUGGACGGGACAACUCGAAGCAAAACAACUUUAUAUAAUUUAGAUCGUAUCGACACUGCUAGGAUGAAAUAUGAUGGAUUUUAUACAUAUCCAACUAGUUCUGGAAAAGAAGUGAACGUCUACAUUAUGGACACAGGAGUGCGAAUGACACACGAUGAAUUUAAAGAUAGAGUCAUACUCGGAGGAGUUUUCUGUGAUGAAUGUAAAGACGGAGAUGAUGAGUAUGGUCAUGGAACUCACGUUGCUGGCACAGUUGCAGGAACAACGUAUGGUGUUGCAAAAUUAGCAAAUAUCAUCAAUGUUAGAGUCGGUGAUGCUUCCGGAUCUAUUGAUUUCCUUGCAAUUACAAAAGGUGUAAAUUAUGUGAUUAAUGCUCAUAAAAAUGAUACAAAAAAAAAUAGUAUUAUCAACAUGUCUUUUCAUCUUGAAUAUUCUGAAGCCAUGGUUAAAUUAGUCGAGGAAUGUACUGAUAACGGUAUUCACGUUGUAGUCUCAGCUGGCAAUUCUAAUAUCGAUGCAUGCUCAAUAACUCCAGCUGCUGCUCCUUCAGCUAUUACGGUUGCCUGUUCUGAUAAAUCUGAUCAAAUGGCCUAUUUUUCAAAUUAUGGACCAUGUGUUGAUAUUUAUGCCCCAGGUGUAAAGAUUUUAUCAGCUUAUAUAAAAUCAGAUACUGAUAAUACGUAUCUUGAUGGAACAAGCAUGUCUGCUCCUCACGUUGCGGGCGCAAUAGCACUUUAUAUUUCAGUUUAUGGCAACUUACCUCCAUCAGAUAUGACCAAUGCAAUUAUCUCAUUAUCUACUAAAAAUUUAAUUAAAGAAAUUCCUAAUAAUAAUGAUGAUAGUUAUUUGUUGCGUGUACCUCAUUAA